GGGCGGGUACAGACGUCCGGGUGACGCCAUCACGCCGCGGUCAGGACGUUCCAGCCCCAGAAGAGCUUGCCGGUGACCGAGCGCUAUCGCGGGUGUCGUGUAUUCGCCUUGGACCACCGGUAACGAACUCCGGGAGCAAGAGGUCCUGACAGUGAAAAAGCAGUCUGGCUCCCGAGGUCCACGCCCUACACCCCAAGGUCCAGAUGGCGGCCAACGUGGGUGAUCAGCGCAGCACGGAUUGGUCUUCUCAGUAUGGCAUGGUGGCUGGAGCCAGCAGAGAGAAUGGCAUGGAAACUCCUAUGCACGAGAACCCAGAGUGGGAGAAGGCCCGCCAGGCCCUGGCCAGCAUCAGCAAAGCAGGGGCUGCCAGCAGCUCAAAAGCCAGUAGCAGUGGUCCUGUGGCUAGUGCGCAAUAUGUCUCUCAGGCAGAAGCUUCAGCUUUGCAGCAGCAGCAACAACAGUACUACCAGUGGUAUCAGCAAUACAAUUAUGCCUAUCCUUACAGCUACUACUACCCCAUGAGCAUGUACCAGAGCUACGGCUCCCCCUCCCAGUAUGGGAUGGCCAGCUCCUACGGCUCAGCUACAGCCCAGCAGCCAUCGGCUCCCCAGCACCAAGGGACUCUGAACCAGCCUCCAGUCCCUGGCAUGGAUGAGAGUAUGGCCUACCAGGCUUCCCCUCAGCAGCUCCCUGCAGCCCAGCCCCCUCAGCCCUCAAACCCUCAGCAUGGAACACAUGGUCUAAGCAAUGGCCCUCAGCCUGGAACAGCCCCAGCCACUCAGCACAGUCAGGCAGGGGCACCUACAGGGCAGACCUAUGGGCCACACAGCUACAGUGAGCCUGCCAAGCCCAAGAAGGGUCAGCAGCUGUGGACCCGCAUGAAACCAGCCCCUGGGACUGGAGGUCUCAAGUUCAACAUCCAGAAGCGGCCCUUUGCUGUCACCAACCAGAACUUCAGCUCCAAUACAGAGGGUCAACACAGUAGCUUCAGUUCCCAGCCCAGCUCUGAGAAAGCCCAGAACCAUAGUGGGCCGUCUGGCCGGGGAAACCUGUCUGGGAAGCCGGACGAUUGGCCGCAGGAUAUGAAGGAAUAUGUUGAGCGGUGCUUCACCGCCUGUGAAUCAGAAGAGGACAAGGACCGGACAGAGAAGCUGCUCAAGGAGGUGCUACAGGCCCGGCUCCAGGAUGGCUCUGCCUACACCAUCGACUGGAGCCGAGAGCCUCUGCCUGGGCUGACCAGGGAGCCUGUGACUGAGAGCCCCAAGAAGAAACGGUGGGAGGCCCCUAGCAGCCUUCACCCUCCCAGGGGGGCAGGCUCGGUGACCAGGGGCGGGGGUGCCCAAUCCCAGCGAGGGACACCUGGGUCUGGGGGUGCUGGCCGAGCCCGGGGUAGCAGCUUCGCCAAGUUCGGCAACCGCAACGUCUUCAUGAAGGACAACAGCUCUUCCUCCAGCACAGAUUCGCGUUCACGCUCUUCAUCCAGGUCCCCUACCCGUCACUUCCGGAGGAGUGACUCCCACUCAGACUCUGACAGCUCUUACUCAGGGAAUGAGUGUCACCCUGUAGGCCGCAGGAACCCACCUCCCAAGGGUCGGGGUGGUCGUGGGGCCCACAUGGAUCGGGGCCGAGGCAGGGCGCAGCGAGGAAAGAGGCAUGACCUAGCUCCAACCAAACGCAGCCGCAAGAAGAUGGCAGCAAUCGAGUGUGAGGACCCAGAGCGUGAGCUUAAGAAGCAAAAGAGGGCAGCCCGCUUUCAGCAUGGGCACUCACGCCGUCUGCGCCUUGAACCUUUGGUGCUGCAGAUGAGUAACCUGGAAAGCAGUGGCGCUGACCCUGACUGGCAGGAGCUACAGAUUGUGGGCACCUGUCCUGACAUCACAAAGCACUAUCUACGGCUGACCUGCGCCCCAGACCCAUCAACUGUGCGACCUGUGGCUGUUUUGAAGAAGUCUCUGUGCAUGGUCAAGUCCCACUGGAAGGAGAAGCAGGACUACGCCUUCGCCUGUGAGCAGAUGAAGUCCAUUCGGCAGGACCUCACGGUACAAGGCAUCCGCACUGAGUUCACUGUGGAGGUGUAUGAGACGCAUGCCCGCAUUGCCUUGGAGAAGGGUGACCAUGAAGAAUUCAACCAGUGCCAGACGCAACUCAAGUCGCUAUAUGCGGAAAACUUGGCAGGCAAUGUGGGUGAAUUUACUGCAUACAGAAUUCUCUACUACAUCUUCACCAAGAACUCUGGGGACAUCACUACGGAGCUGGCAUACCUCACAAGGGAGCUGAAAGCGGACCCCUGUGUGUCCCACGCAUUGGCACUGAGGGCAGCGUGGGCCCUAGGCAACUAUCACCGCUUCUUCCGGCUCUAUUGCCACGCACCUUGUAUGUCUGGCUAUCUUGUGGACAAGUUUGCAGACCGGGAGCGCAAGGCUGCCCUCAAGGCCAUGAUCAAAACCUUCCGCCCUGCGCUGCCCGUCUCCUACCUGCAGGCCGAGCUGGCCUUCGAGGGCGAGGCCGCCUGCCGGGCCUUCCUAGAGCCCUUGGGCCUGUCCUACACGGGCCCGGACAACUCCAGCGUGGACUGCCGCCUCAGCCUGGCGCAGCUGCCAGCCUUCUGAGCACCCAUCGAGCACGGGCGGGGUUAGGGCUGUGGCCCAGUGCCGCCUUUGCGGAUUUUGUUUUUGAGCCAUGGACAUGGGUUGUAAAUUAAUUUGUGGGGAGAAGGCUCCAGGAAGAGCCAGCAUCCCUACCCCCGUUUCCCACCGGGGAUCUGUACAGAGAUUUUUCUACGUUUUUAUUUUUUGUCUCACAGGGGAUAAUUGGGAGUAUAGUGGAGGAGGGUGGGGUGGGGGCUACAGGUUCUGUGUCCACCUCUCACCUCCACUAAUGCUGUCUCAGUGUUUUUUCUCUCUCUCUUUCGAGCUCGUACUCCAGCACCUGACCCUGCGUGCUGGCCCAUCCCAUGUUGGGGGGUCAGCAGAAAGAAGACAGGCCGUCCAGCCCGCACCCGCCUGCAGUGGGGCACCAGCCAGCCACACCUAUUGCCUCGUCUGCCUCUUCAUAGACUCUUGUUGCCCAGCUAUUGGGGCCUCAGUGUUUGGGGUGAGGGGAGCUGCUUAUAGACUAUGCCCCACCUUCGACCCCUCACCCCAGAAAUGCCAGCCAGCACCACCAACACAGCCAGACCAGCGCCACACCGCACUGAGGACUCCAGGGCCUUCGCGGGACCAUGCCAGCCGGGCUGCCUCGUCUUACUCAAGUUGUAUUAAGUUGUCUCCAUGUCCCUUCCUCCCUCUGCCCCAAUGUUUCUUCUGAUUUUUUUUUCCCUUCCCUCCCUCCUCUUCCUUCUCCCUCCCUGCUCCCUGGUUCAACACAGGUAAAAUGGUUACCCUCCCUACCUUCCUCCCCUCUGCCUUCAUGGAUCACCAGCUCACGUCAUGUUUCCUUCUCUUUCCUCUGUGUGUGUGUUUAAGUUAUUUUUCUUCUUUCUCCCCUUUUCUUUUCACCCCUCCCUCCUCUUCUGCCAUGUAACUGGAGGAUGUGCUAUGAGGUUGCAAACAGCUGGACUGUCAGGCUGCUUUUUUUCCAGAUGCCUCCCUACCUCCCCUUCCCACCUCUCCCCUCCCCUCCCUUCAUUCUCCUUGAGCAUUGAGUACAGUACAUUUUGGAAGCUUGAAACCAAAAAUUAAAGAGAAAGAGAGAGAGAGAGAAA